AUGGUGGGUGAGCUCACUUUCUUCCUAGGCUUCCAGAUCCAACAAUGUGCGUCUGGGAUCUUCUUAUCCCAAGGUAAGUACGCUCGUACUCUUAUUACUAAAUUUGAACUCAAUAAAGCAAAAUCAAAGCGCAUUUCGGCUGCACUUCACCUUAAACUUUUGAAAGAUGAUUCUGGAGAAAAGAUUGAUGAAGGUUUGUAUAGAAGCAUCAUUGGGAGUCUACUUUACUUCACUACCAGUCGUCCUGACAUAGGUUUUGCAGUAGGCGUUUAUGCACGAUAUCAGGCAUCCCCCCGUGUUUCUCACCUUCAUUCUGCAAAAUAUAUAUUGAAAUAUGUACUAGGCACUGUAGACUAUGGGUUGUGGUAUACAUAUGAUACUUCAUUAUUACUGGUAGGUUAUUGUGAUGCUAACUAG